AUGGACGAAUUCACUUCAGGGCAUGAGCUGCCCCAGGCAGAGGAGGCUGAGGCCGGUGUGGGGCCAGGGCUCAUCUCCAACUCGGCCGAUUCACCCAAUCUUGACCUCUCCGACGACCGCAACAUGUCGGCGAUGGCGCGCAUGCUGGAGGGACGGAGGAGGCGGCUGCUUGCUGUGCCCAACAUAUGCGCUCUGCAGGUGGCCAUGCGACCGCAUGCUGAACCUCCUCCCCUAUCGAAACGAAAUGAGCUUCUCGGACAAGGACGCAAUGCAGCGGGUGGCGAACGCUUGCUUAGGGGGCUGCGGUCUGACCGACACCAGCGACCGCCCGAGGUCGACGUUGUCCUGCCUUUGACCCGCCUGCCUGACAUCGUGUCAAGCCGGUAUGCGGCCCCUGAAUAG